AUGACAUGUGAGCAGCCUCCAGGGACAGCCAUGAUUCUGAUGAAGAAUGCCUUUCAUGGCAAGGCGACCAACAGGCACUGGGCGUCUUUUGACAGCUCCAAGUGUUACAAAGCCGAUGGGGUGGACAAUAAGUGCAUCUACUGCCCCGAGGACUGCAUUGACGACUCCCUGACCAUGGCCUAUGACUGGACCAAAUGUACCGGGACGUCCAACUGCACACACUAUGUCAUGCAAACUAACAUGCCAAAAUGUCCCAAGCAAUACAGCGAUUAUCUCUACUUGGAGUAUGUGUGCAUUCCAAAGGCCGAUGUGUUUGAUGUGUGCUCCCAGCCAGAGAGAUGGGUCAGGGAUGGGUACAUCAGUUCUCCAAACUACCCCAACCACUACCAGUCAUCCCAGGCAUGCAAGUGCUCCCUGGAGGCUUCUUGGGGAGAGAGUGGGGUGGAGUUCCAAAUAUAUGAACUUUUGCUGGAGGAGAACAAGGAUAAGGAGUGCCAGGACUGGCUGCUCAUCAAGAAUUCAAAGACGAAGAUGAGACACUGUGGUCAGAUUUUCAACACAACAAUGACGGUUCCUGGUAGAGUGGUGGACGUGUACUUCUACACUGACUCCAAUGAUGUCAGCACACAAAUGUUCCAGUAUUUUACUAGGACUCUCAAAGGAUUUUGGCUCUACUUUAAGGUUGUAUCGUCUAACAUGAAAAUAUCAUGUGGUAGACUUCCUCCAGAUGACCCUGGCCUUAUGGAAGUGACCGUCCCUCCAACCACCAGCAGAUCCACCCAACCCACCACACAUGCUACUAACAAUUCCAGAGGGCACAAAACUACAUGCCUAGAUGGAGGAAGAAGUUGUAGAAAUAAGGGCAAAUCCAAUGACUCAAAAUCAACUGCCAAAAGAAACUCUGUAAACUCAGCUGAUUUCAAAAGCCUGAACCUGGCUUUCACCUCUGCAGUGUCAACUGUACUGCUGCUGCUUCUGACCCUGUUGUGAAGAACUUAAAAGUUUUAGACAUUCAUAAUGCUUCUUGAGAUGACUUAAAUAGAACCCGAGCCACUUCGAAAAAAUCCUGUCUCAAAAUAUCAAGUUAUAGACAUGCUUCCGAACAGCAUCAGUGAUUAUGUGUACUUGUCCUCCAUUUUCUUAAAGUUAUAGCUCUUGAGUUAAAUUCGUAUUUGCAAAUGCAUAUCUAAAUGAAAUG